UUCUUCACGCGAUGCCGAUGAGACUGUUCAUUCGUAGGUCGAAGUGCAAAUCUUCGGGCAACAUCCACAGCGACGCCUCCAAACCCAACACCCUCGGCAUUGCCGCCGGCACAACGUUAUCACCGCGCCGCCGGUGUCAUGAGGCCUCUCCUCUCCCGCCUAUUCACCCCCAGUUACAUUGCCAUGGCCGCCCCUUCCCCGUCGCCGUCUCGACGGCUUGCCCUCCUCACACGCCACCUCCUCGCCUCUUCCUCCUCAUCUUCCGGCGAGCUCUCCUCGGUGGGCGCCCCUGCCGCCUCCGCCUCCAGCCCCGUCCGCGGGGCCGCAUCCAAGGGCUUCGCCGCCGUGCUGGUCUGUAUUUUCGAGGAUAAUCGCGGGGACCCCCGCGUCCUCCUCACCAAACGCGCCUCCACCCUCUCGUCCCAUUCAGGGGAGGUGUCGUUGCCCGGAGGCAAGGUGGAUCAGGGGGAUGUGGAUGUUAAGGCCACGGCUCUGCGGGAGGCAGAGGAGGAGAUUGGGCUGGACCGGGCGCUUGUGUCUAUUGUGACUGUUCUUGAGCCCUUCUUGUCCAAGAAUGGCCUUGAUGUUACUCCUGUAAUCGGCAUUCUUUCGGAUAAAGCUUUAUUCAAGCCUGUCUUGAAUAAAGCUGAAGUGGAAGACAUUUUUGAUGCCCCUCUGGAGAUGUUUCUGAAGGAUGAUAACCGGACAACAAGACAAAGGAACUGGAUGGGGAAGACUAUUCCGGUCCAGUUCUUUGACUACGAGGCAGAGGGCGAAAAAUAUGUCAUUUGGGGCUUAACUGCACACAUACUGACCCGUGCUGCAUCAGUCGUUUUACAGAGGAAACCAUCAUUCGUUGAACUUCCAAAUAGACCAACGAAUAUUUCAAUCACCAGCAAGGAAUAAUGAGCUGACAACUCAGGCAGCAAUAUCGAUCUGUAAUUGUAGCAUUUUUUAUACCUAUUUACUGGUAGAAGAAGCUAUCAGAAGACUAAAACUAAAUAGUUUGGGUAUUACCUAUGGAGAUGUAAAUUGCAUUGCACGUAUAGCUCGUGAAGGUGAAUCCUGGAACAAUUGGUGGUCUCAUCUUUUGAGUUGAGUCAUACAAUGAUCGCUCUUUGGAAUGUGAAGCUCCUUGUGCUCUGCUAAAGAAUGUAUUGGAGGCCAUCCAUUUUCGGCACGAAAGCAGCUUAUACAGUUGUACUGCAUUUGAACUAUUUUCUGGAAAUCAGUAUGGUGUUCUAUGGUGAGCGCAGCGAGUUGAGAGAGAGGUAGAUUAUGCUGAGCAUCUUAUGGUGUCAGUAGUUGAUCUGCUCAUAUAUAUAUACAGAGUUCACGUAUACAAGAGGGGUGCAACUGUAUAUGUCGGACCAUUGGAGGGCAUUCUUCAAUCAACAAUACCUGUGAAAUAAAGAACGCAUAUGUGGAAAUGGUGCAAAUCAUUGUGUUGGUGGAUGGCUGCUAUUCAUGAUGAGAUGGGGUCACUUGGAAGAAUGGUAUAGUUCAGAGUUAGUGAGAUUGCCUCUUUGUUGCAAGUAGGCUUUUGAAAGAAAAGAAGAUGUUCUCCAGGUGAUGAGGCGAGGUAUGCAGCGUUAUAUAUAGAUUUUUGUUACCGACUUCAAUGAGGUAUUGCCCCUAUUGUAAAACAUAGCUCAAUUGACACUUCAAUAAAUAUAGUUACGAUGUGAACUGAA